AUGGCGGAGGGCAUCUUCAAGUGGAUCUUCCCCCGCGCGGUCCAGCAAUACUUCUUCACAUCCAAACGCCAUCACCAACCGCGCCAGACGCUCGAGCACUCCGAAGACUCGGCCACCUCGCCGGCGUCCGAGGCCUCGCCGCUGCUGUCCGAACAAGACGCGGCGGCCGAGCAAGCGCUGAUCAAGCAGCUCCAAGCCUCGCUCGACGACGCGCGCAACGAGGCGCUCGCCGCGUCCCACGCGCGCGACAAAUCCGUAGCCGAGGCCUCGGCGUUCAAGUCCCGCCUCGAGGCCGACGCCGACAGGGCCAAGGCCGAGGCCGAGCGCGCUGCUCAGGACGCGCGCGAGGCGCAGGCGCAGCUGCUCGAGCUCCGCGGCGAGCGGUCCGAGCUCGAGAACACUAUUUCGGAACUUAAUGCCAAGGUCACAAAGGCGGAGCAGGCGGCACGCGACGCCGAGGCGCUCCAGUCGCAGCUCCAGGACUUGGACGGUUUAAAGGCGCGCCUCGACGAGCAGACGUCGAAGGCUGAGGCGGCCGUUGCCGAGGCGUCUGCUGCUGCCACUGCUCUUUCGGACGCGCAGACUGGAUUGGAGGCGCGUGCGAAGGAGCUGGAGGCGCUUAGGGUCUCACACGAACAGGCUGGUACACGGUUGAAGGAGCUCGAGGAGGGCGCCGUCGCGUUCGCUGCUGCUCAGACCGAACUCAACGCUGUGCAGGCUGCGCUGUCCAAGGCCGAGACUCAGCUCGCGGAGAAGGACUCCCAGUUGACGGAACGGGACGCUACGAUCGCGGAACUGAACGGAAAGGUUACAUCGCUCGAAGGCUCGCUCGCGUCGCUCGAGGAGAAGGCCGCGCAGCUCGUCGAGGCCCAGGCCAAGAUCGCGGCGCUCGAGGCCGAGCUUAUGGAUAAAGGCACCGCGCUCGAGUCGGCCAGCGCACACGCGCCCAAGGUCGCCGAGCUCGAGUCGGCCGUCGCUGCGCUCGAGGCUUCGCUUGCGGCUGCUAACACGGAGAAGGACGAGGCCGCCGCGGCGCUCGCUGGCGAGAAGGCCAAGGUUACCGAGCUUGAGGGCAAGAUCUCUGCGCUUGAGGCUACCGUCGCGGAGCUGGAGACCAAGUCGGCUGAGCUCGCUGCCACCAAGGAGACCGUGUCCACGCUCGAGUCCGAUCUUGCCGCCGCUAAGGAGAAUGCCACCAAGCUCGAGGCUGAGCUCGCGACUGCCACCGCCGCGCUCGAAGCCGAGAAGACCUCUUCCGCGUCUACGACCGCCGAGCUUGAGACCGCGAAAGAGUCCAGCGCGAAGCUCGAGGCCGAGCUCGCUGACUCCAAGGCCAAAGUCGCCGAGCUCGAGAGCAAGAUCGCCACCCUCGAAUCCGCAUCGGGCGAGGCAGCCGCCGUCGCGACCGAGCUCGCUUCCGCGAAGGAGACCACAUCCAAACUCGAGACCGAGCUCGCGUCGGCCAAAGAAUCCACCGCCGCGCUCGAGACCGAGCUCGCUACCGCCAGAGAGAAUGCCGAAGCGUCCAAGGCGUCCGUCGCGGAGCUCGAGUCGCAGCUCGAGGCCGAGAAGACCCGUGCUGCGUCGCUCGAGGCGCGCGUCGUCGAGGGCGAGGCGCAGAAGAGCCGCGCGGACGGGCUGGAGGGCGAGCUCGCUGCGUCCAAGGAGUCUGUGACCAAGCUCGAGGCUGAGCUGGUCAAGGCGAAGGACGCCGAGGCCGAGCUCGCCACCGUCAAAGAGUCCGUCGCAGCGCUUGAAGCCGAUAUCGCCACGCACAAGACCACCGCAUCCGAGUCCUCUGCGUCGCUCGAGAGCGCACAGAAACGCGUGUCCGAGCUCGAGAGCCAGAUCGCCAGCCUUGAAACCGCGUCCGGCGCGCACGCAAGCGUCGCGGCCGAGCUCGCAGCGGCGAAAGAGAGCGCGGCGAGCCUCGAGGCCGAGAUUGCCGCCGCGAAGGAGGCGCUGGGGCUGGAGAAGGAGAACGGCGCGGGCAGGGCGAAGGAGCUCGAUGCGGCCAACGUUGCGCUGUCUGCGGCGCUCGAGGCGGCGACGAAGCUUGAGAGUGAAGUUGCACAGGCCAAGACGCAUACCGAGGCGCUCGAAUCCGAGGUUGCAGCGCUCAAGACGUCGUCUGAGGAGUCCGCGAAGGCGCUCGCUGCUGCCCAGGACGAGCUCGCAGCAGCACAGAAGGCUGCUACCAGUCACGAAUCCGCCGCAUCUGAGCACGCAGCGAAGGCCGAGAGUGUCGCCGCCGAGCUCGCUGCUGCCAAAGAGGCCGCCGCGAAGCUCGAGGCUGAGAUCGCCGCCGCGAAGGAAGCCGCGGAUGCAGCGCUCGCAGCUGAGAAGGCGAAUCGCGAGAACAAGGUCGCGGAGCUCGAGAGCGCCGCGGCUGCACUUGCCGCUGCGAAAGAGGCGGGCGCGAAGGUCGAGGCGGAGGUCGGCGAGGCGAAGGCCAAGGCCGAUGCGCUCGAGGCUGAGCUUGCGGCGUCGAAGAGCGCCGCUGCGGAGUCGGCGGCUAAGCUUGAGAGCGUGCAGGCUGAGCUCGACGCGGCGAAGAAGGCCGCGUCUGAGCAUGAGGCUGCUGUGACUGAGCAUGCGGCGAAAGCUGAGAGCUUGAGCGCCGAGUUGGAAGCGGCGAAGGAGGCGAGCGCGAAGCUUGAGGCUGAGGUUGCCAGCGCGCAGGCGAAGGCUGCCGACGCGGCUGAGAAGCUCGAGGGCGCGGUCAAGGCGUCCGGAGAGCACGAAGCUGCUGUUGUCGCCGCGAAGGAAGCGGCUGAGAAGCUCGAGAAGGAGCUUGCAUCCACUAAGGAGGCCGCUGCAAAGAGCGAGGCGGACGUUGCCGCUGCUACGGCUAAGGCGGCGGAGCUCGAGAGCGAGCUCGCGAGCGCCAAGGCCGUCGCUGAGAAGGCUGGCGCUGAGCUCGCGGAGGCGAAGAAGGCGGCUGCGGAGGAGCUCGAGGGCGUUAAGAGCAAGCUCGAGAGCGCGGAGAAGGAUGUGAAGGAGAAGAGCGAGGCGUUGGAGAGUGUGAAGAAGGAGCUGAAGGAGAAGGAGGGAGAGCUUGCUGAGGCGAAGGCGAAGGCGGAUGGGCAGGCGAACGGCGCUGCUGUUGCGUCUGAGCCUGCUGCGGAGCCUGCCGCCGAGGCGUAG